UUUCAUGUAUGUAAUUCUUCUAAUCUAGGGUGCCAUGGAGUUCCUACAUCAACUGGAUGUACCAUUUUUCAAGGUUGGCUCAGGUGAUACCAACAAUUUUCCAUUUUUGAUACGCUCUGCUAAGAAAGGACGACCAAUGGUUGUGUCAUCAGGGAUGCAGUCAAUGGAAACCAUGAGAAAGGUGUAUCAGACAUUGAAAGCAGAGAAUGCUACUUUCUGUAUUCUCCAGUGCACUAGUGCGUAUCCCUUGGAACCAGAAGAUGUUCAUUUAAGAGUAAUUCAGGAGUAUCAGAAGGAGUUUCCAGAUAUUCCUAUUGGCUACUCUGGUCAUGAGAGUGGAAAAAUUAUUACCUUAGGAGCUGUAGCAUUGGGGGCAAAGGUCGUAGAGAGACACAUUACUAUGGAUAAGACAUGGACAGGCAGUGAUCAUAAAGCCUCCUUGGAACCAGAUGAAUUGAAGGAGCUCAUUGCAGACAUACGAUUUCUUGAAAGAGCCCUCGGGUCAAGGGUCAAGGAAAUGAGGAAGUGUGAAUUAGCUUGCCACAAUAAGCUUGGUAAGAGUGUCGUAGCUGCCAAACCAAUCACCUCAGGCACUGUUCUUACUGAGGACAUGUUGACUGUAAAGGUUGCCGAGCCAAAAGGGUACGCACCAGAGAAUAUCUACAAUCUGAUUGGACAGACACUGAAACGGGAUGUCGAGUAUGAUGAGACAAUCUGUGAAGAUAAUGUCACUGGAUCGUAAAUGGUGACCACCGGAGCAUCACUCAUUGUAUCGUCAGACGGUUUUUUCAUGAUUCAUGAAGGAUUGUCAAGGUUGGUUUGUAUCUCAAGGUACACAGCUGCUAGUCAAUUUCCAAAUACACGAGGGAUAUCUUCAGCAGAUAUCAAUCUUCAGGAUUAUAGUUUGGCAUAGUGGUCAUUUUAAUAUUCCAUUUUUCCAAAAUAACGUAGUAUCUGUUGUACAUUUAUCUACAAGGUUUAUCCUUCAGUGAAAAUUGUCAAUUAUAAUGUGCGCUUGCACAGUUGAAAUUACCAACCAGCUUACAGCUACAAAUUCAGAUGUUUUGUUUGUAAUUACUUUGUUCCAUUUCAGUGCCUUCAAUGAGAAUUUCUACUUUGUGGAAAUGAUUAUUCUAGUUUUUGAUGAAAGCACGAUUUGACGCAUGCUAGACAGAGAAUUGAGCAAUUGUGUAGGCAUUUGUCUUUAAAGGUGCAUGAUGUGAUCAUUAUGAUUUAUUAUCACAGUCUUUCCAUGCAGAUCAUGAAGAAAGAUCAGACUUGGAAUGAAAAUUUGACUCGUUCAAACAGUUUGUGAAAUAUGAUUUAUAUCAGGCUUCUUUGUACCUAAAUCUUUGCAUGGUUUAACAUUAUCUAGUUUGUGUGUGAUAUAUAAUCAUAUCACACACCCAUCACAGUGUUGAAACCCUUCUGAAUUCUGCACAAACCUAGUUGGAAAUUCUAAUACUGAAUUAGCAAAUUUUUUUCACAUAAUUUUUCUUGGAUUAAAUGGUCAGAUAGAUACUAAUAAUGGGUGGCCAGUUGCACUCAUCUUUGAUUUGUGCAAUGUUGUUACAGCUCAGGUUGUAUAUUUUUGUAUCCUCCUCUAAGCCAUCCAGUAAUAUUUAGUGAGUUUGUCUGGCACAUUUUUACAAGGACAAAACCUCGUUAAUUUAAAGAGGUGACAUUGAAUUAAAUGUACAUGUUUAGCCGUCAAGCA